CUUCUGUUCAAUUGUCACACCACAGGUCUGACCCGUCUCAUAUCUCGUCUAUUCUCCAGUGGAAUAAAUAUGUUUUUUUUUAUCUGUCAUAAAGCCUGUUCAUCAUUUUGCCAGACAAAUGCGACAAACACAAGUGCCUGUGACCACGUCAUUCCACGAACACCAAUCGUUAUAUCGCGUGAGUUCGCAUUGGUCUAUAGCCAGUCACCGAGGAUGGCAUUACGAGUGUGGGUGGUGGCACAGGCGCCCCAAAAGACCGAGAGCGAGAGAGUGAGAGAGAUGUCGAGUAACAAGGGAUGUAGAGGAAACAGGGUUAAUGUGAAGAGGCUGGAGAUGGAGUAUUGCAUGGUUCGCAUUCUCCAUGAAAUAAUGACAUGCAGAGGGAUUGAAAAUCAAUAGGAGGAAUGUCAAUAUUCAAUGUGUCAGCGAAAAAUAGAGAAGAACAACAUUUGCUCCGGGUAAAGAGAAUGGAAAUGACGAGGACUUGAUUCUUUUUUUAAUUAGCAGGUUCCCCCCGAGGUCAUGAGUUUGUAUUUAUUCCUAAAAAAGCUGAGAUUGUUGGGAAAUUAUUCGAACUGGUCAGGCAUUAUGUGCAAAUUAAGGCAGCCCUCGAUCGAUGAUUUUUACUUUUCGGUGGCCUCUGUCUCGUGGGCUGACGCAAAUGCCAGUUCACCAGGUGCUGUGCUAGCAGAAACGAUAGGAAUCCAGUGACAAGUCGUGAGGAAUUUUCACAUUCUGCGGGGGGGAAUCACUCAGACAUUUUUUGCUUUUUUUUUUUUCUUGGCAGUUUGGAAAGGAACGUUGAGUGGAUGACAGUCUGAUCUAGGUGUGCAUCGGGGUCUGGGCGGUUGGAGAUAUUCUCUUCACUUUCUCCGAGCGACUGAAAGUGAGAAAAUCCGGAGAAACUGCGCUGUAUUUGGCAGAUUGCGAUAAAAUAAAAAUAAAAUAAUGACGACCACAUACACUGCCGAGGAGGUGUCUCAUCACAACAGCGAAGAGAACCUCUGGAUGAUUAUUCACGGUGGCGUUUACGAUGUGACAAAAUUUCUGAGUGAACACCCAGGAGGCGAGGAAGUUCUCCUGAAACUUGGGGGUCAAGAUGGUACAACUUGUUUCGACGAUAUUGGACACACAACCGAGGCAAUCCAAUUACGAGAGAGGUACAGAAUAGGCGAGGUAGGGACCAGUGGAGUGAACAAUUCUGGACCCUCGAGGCCUGAUGACACUCCCAAGGAUAACACCGAGUGGAUGAUCGAGAAAGACAAGCAGAAGCCAUCACCCCUGUUGCCCAUUUUUGUCGGUAUUCUCGCAAUUAUUUAUGCAUCACUGUUUUAUUAUUUACCUUGAGUGAUAACAAUUAUUGAACUGCAGUAAUUGACGGAUCACAACCCCGAGUGUCAUGUCAACAAUAAAUAAGAGAAGGUUUUUUACAAUAAAAAAUGAUUUUUGAUCAACAA